GAACGGAGACUCAGUUUAUCCGACAGAACAACAUCCCCAUCCUGUGUCUUCAUGCUUCAUAGCAGCGACUUGUUGACCUGCUGCUGUUUCCCGAGUCCUGACAGGUCUCCAUCAGAGUUAUCAGAACUAUUUUAGGGUAAAACCACAUUUAUCUUUUCAUUUAGGAUACCCGUUUAGUGCGGGGGGUAACUUUAACAAAGAUACUUUAAUAUUGUUUAAUAUUUCCCCAUGUGAAAAAAAACAGUAACGCUUUUUUCUGUUUAAAAACCAAAGUUAGAAGGAAAUAUAACGUAGAGACUUUGUACAGCAUGUUUGUUUUCUGAGUUUUACUCCGUUUGUGAACUGAACCCCCCCCCUCCCCUCCCUCAGAAGUGUACUGACCCACAUUAGCUGUGUAACUGCGCAUGCUCUGUAUGGUUGACGGUUUGCUCUUAUCUUAGUGAUUCCAGGUGAAUUUAGAGGUUAAAGUCUUUAUUUCACGGACUGUUUUUGCUCUCAAAGAGGUCUUUGGUGAGUCUCUGUUUCUUUGGCUUCAUGGUAGAGUCAGAUUUAGUGUUUUCAGGCAGACUGUGACUCUGCGUCACUAGCAAAGACAGCAGUUUUAGCUAGCUCCUCUGUUAGCCGAUACAGCUAAAAUAACCUAAACGUAAAAUAACCGACAGUUUCUGACGUUUUUAAUCAUUAAAUCACUUUAAUCAUGUCGAUAUUCUGGAAAAGAACGAAGUUAUAGUCACAGUCGGGAGAUUAAUGUGACUGUAUAACAGAGGAGAAAGAUUAGAGAGUUAAAAACGGUUCCGUUAGCUUCUGUUGUUAGCCUCCUUUAAGAUAACUUUCACUUUAAAUCAGCAGGAACUUAGAUGACUUCAGUGUUUAUAACCUCCUUUAAACUGGAACUUAACAGACUAUAUAAACUAUUCUACUACAUCAACUAUGUGACAUUAAUCUGAUGUAGUUUAUAACCUUUAAACUGGAACUAACCAGUCUGCUACAGUUCAGUGUUUAUGAAACAACUUUAACAUUAACUAUAUGACAUUAGUUUGCUGUACUUCAGUCUUUAUUUCCUCCUUUUAACUGGAACUUCAACAUUAAUUUCCAUUAAAGUUGAUGACAUUAUUCCUCGAACCCUGUACCUGCUCAUUUCCUUUUAAAACCCCAGAGAGACAGAAAAACUAAAGUGUUUCUGAGGACCCUGGUCUGUGAAGAACCUCAGGUCCUCUUCUUGGUCUGGUCUGGUCCUGGUUCUUUGUCAAUAAAGGAUUAAAACUGUUUUAAUGACCCUCACUGAAGACUGAAGCUGAUCUACUGUUACCAGAGUUACCUUCUCUGAUGGUUUGAUGAUCAAGUCUUCUCUGUUUGACUCUCCUUCUCCUUCUUCUUCUUCUUCUCUUUUUCUCUCAGAGUGAUUUUUAUGAGUAAUCAAAGGCAGCAGAAGCCAACGCUAACAGGCCAGCGUUUCAAAACCCGAAAAAGAGGUGAGAAACUUUCCAUUUGAGAGACAAAUGUACUUCUGCAUCAUUAGAUACCUAAUGCUGAUCUGACAGACAUCCAUGUCCUCCUCAUGUCUGUUCAUUCAUCCUUUUUUCUUCACUCUUCAUGAACAGUUGAAAACACCAGUUUGCAUAUUUCUGCCAAAGCUGCUCUAAAAAAAUCAGUUUGAGGUUGUUUGUCACUCGUAUCAGUCAUUGACUCAUUUGGACAGGUCUGUAAGUUAGUAGGUAGCAGGUAUUAACAAUAAUACAUUUUGUCUUGUAAACAGAUGAAAAGGAGAGGUUUGACCCCUCCCAGUUUCAGGAAAGUAUCAUCCAAGGUCUGAAUCAAACUGGCACGGAUCUGGAAGCUGUCGCAAAGUUCCUGGAUGCCUCUGGUGCCAAGCUCGACUACCGACGCUAUGCUGAAACUCUGUUUGACAUCCUCGUGGCCGGAGGAAUGCUGGGUAAUAGAAACACCUCUCUGUUUUUUAACCUUUACUAAAGGACGUGCUGAAGGAAGUGUGUUUUUCAGUAUUAGCUGUAUGACCUGUAAAAUAUUGAAUACUCAGCUUCCUUUACCAUAGACAUAAAUUCAUGCAAAGUCAGUUCUCUCAUCAAGCCACAGAAGAGAAAAAAACACAAAAUGAAGACCAUGUUUUUGUUUUUUGUCUCCCCAGCCCCGGGGGGGACCUUAUCAGACGACGUGACGCCCACUGAGUUCUGUCUUUUUAAAGCCAGUGAGGACAUGGAGACCAUGCAGGCGUAUGCACAGGUGAGUGUUCGCACUCUGACGCUCGGUUUUCUCAGCUGCUUUUACCUUUUUUCUAAGUUAGUAAAAAUACAACAACAGAUAAAUCAACCUGUUUUUUCUGUGACCUCCAGGUCUUUAACAAGCUCAUCAGGCGUUACAAAUACUUGGAGAAAGGGUUUGAGGAGGAGAUUAAAAAGGUUUGGCUUUUUACACUAAUAUCUUCUAAAACUAAUGACAGGUUUAAGACAUAUUUUAAACUCUUUAAUCAAAGUUACAUUUCUGUGAAUAAUCUGUGUGUCUGACUUGUUUCAGCUCUCUGUUUCUGUUUGCUCUCUGGCAGCUGCUGCUUUUUCUCAAGGGCUUCACAGAGUCUGAGCGAAACAAGCUGGCCAUGCUAACAGGGAUUCUGUUGGCCAACGGCAACAUCUCUGCUUCCAUCCUGAGCAGUCUCUUCAAUGAAAACCUCGUCAAAGAAGGUACCCCCUUUCUGCCUUCUAGGUGUGCUGUGUGGUUGUUUGUAGUUCCACAGAGUUCAUAGGUAGAAGGAGUUCACCUGAGAUGAAGCCAUUAGUAUUGAGAAGGUGGAGGAGAACCAUGUGAGACCCCCGACUGAAUCAUAAAAUGAUCAAAGUUUAUCAUGUAGUACUUUUGACUUCUUUGCAUAUCUCCACGUUUUAUCUUUCCCUGUUCUCAAAAGUUUGAAGUGAACUAUCUCGACACCAACAAUGACCAAACAUUUCAGUGUGACAUCAACAUUAAUGUGAUUACUGACACACGCCUCUGUGACCCACUGAACUUCUUUACAACCCUACAGUCAGGUCUCAUGUCACUGGUGUCUGUGGGAGACACAGUCAUGCUGUUAAACCCUCUGUAGGUUUAAAUGAUUGUUUCUGCUCUGCAUGGACAUGUUCAGAUCUUACUGAUGAAUGAAAAUGUUCUGUUUGUUACUUUUGCCUGUUUGAUUCCUUCAGUUAAUAACAAAUCUUUACUGACAUUUGUGGGGUUUUUUUCUAAUAGAUUUAUCAUUUUCCUUUGAUAUAAACAUUUAAGAGACUCUGUAAAAUCACCGUUUAAAAGACUGAAACAGGAAACAGGAAACACUGUCCUGGAAGAUCAAACGUCUUCAGAGCGCCUCAGAACAAGCUGUAGUCCAUCCAGAAGAAUCUAGAUUCUGUAUCACCAGUACUGGUAUUGUCUGCUCAAGUAUCUGCCUUAUUUUACAUGAAUGAAGAACGCACAAGGUCGGAUUUUUGAAUAUAUGGGAUAGGGAGAUAUUUUCAAACUCACUUUGGCUGACUCUGAUAUCAGUGACCACAACGAUAACAAGUGUUUUUUCUUCAUCAUUAAAAUCACUCAGUGUGUUCUGCUGGAGAAUUGACUUGUAAAAAAGACAAACAUUUUCCUCUACUUUAAACUUUAUCGUGGUGGUGGUGUCAACAUGGCUCCUUAGAUGAGUGAUUGAACUGUUUUUGUGACGCUCCUCUGAUCACCUGUGCUGUUUGGUAUCUGUUCCCCACGCUUCAACGGGCUUUUCUAUAGUUUUUCAUCGUGUUCAUGAACAUAUAUAAACUUUCAAACUAUAAUCUGCCAAUAAUCAUGUAGCUUUUUGCACAAUAUAGUCAAUUCUAUUGUGCACCUCAACAGUAAUGAGUCCUUCAGUGAGCAGUAAAAAGGGGGAGGGCUGUUCUCAGUAUAUGGAAGCCUGUAUGUCUGUGAAGACGACCUCAUCCAGGUCAUGGUUGUCCAGUUCUUCAUUGAAAGGGCACCUGGACCUGUUUGAGGUUCUUGAAGAUGUUCCUGCUCUCUUCAGUUUUUAAGGGACCGGGGCCACAGUUAUACAUUUAUCGCUUCUGUUGGGCGGUCACCUGAGAGUCGUCACCAGCUGGGUCACCUGGACUGUUUACAUCACAGACAGUAUUUCCAAAUGUUCCAAAAAGACAAAAAUACGAGGUUUUUGUUCUCAUCUUAUGACUGAUCAGCCAAUUCGUGUUUCCUAGUCUAGGAAAAAAAAUGCAGAAGGCCUUAUGAAGUUUUAGUUUGCCCUGUCCUGACAGUGGAAAAAAACCUGUGGAUGAUUUCAGACUCAUCAGAGAGGAACUAAGAGGCGAUUUCUCUCGAUAUACGACCCUAACACACUUCAAACAGAUGGGAGGAAUCUGUUUCCUUUUUAUAUCUGCAAACUUUAUCUUUAAGAUCAUGUUCUCUAGAAUUGAAAUGUAUUAAUAUAUAUAAUAUAAUAUAUAAUAAUAUAUAUAUAUAGAUGCAUAUUUAAUACAGCAGUGGUCUAAACCACUUUAGUUGUGUGCAUCAUUGUUUUUACAGGCAAAGUUUGCUCUGAAACCUGUCUCAUCACAUCCUGUGGAGCUGUUUACCCAAGUAUUACUCCGGCCCAACUUUAUCCUGGCAGGUCUGUUAGCAACAGCUGACUCAAAGUUUGUGAAUUUGUUCAGGUGUUUCAGCAUCCUUCGCUGUAAAACUCUUCAAAUCCUGGCUUUCUGAAAAGGACAUCAGCUCUGUAGCUGCCAGUCUCCGAAAGGUUGGCAUGGACAACAGGCUCAUGGUGAGAAGACGACGUCAACAUUAAGUCUUGAGAGGCUAAGAUGCUAGAAAGUUAACUCUGUGUGUGUGAAUGAAAAUUCUCAAAGACAGUGAGAUGUGUAGAUUCUGCAUGAGUUUAUUAUAGUCUCAAGCUGUUGCGGCUCACACAAUUCAGACAAUUAAUGAACAAAGCCCUUUAAAUGCUUUUGGAGACUGGUCUGGCCAGGGUGCCUCAAUAUUUGACUGUGUGUUUUUCAGGAGCUGUUCCCUGCCAACAAACGCAGUUGUGAGCACUUCUCUAAGUACUUCACAGACGCUGGGCUCAAGGAGAUUUCGGACUUUGCCAGAAACCAGCAGUCCAUAGGGGCUCGCAAGGAGUUACAGAAAGAGCUUGAGGAGCAGAUGUCACGCGGCGACCCACUCAAAGAUGUAAGUCAGUUUUCAGCUCCUCGUACUUUAAGAGUCCCCUCGAGUUAUCGCACUGUUGUGGUUAACAUUGAGCACAGACAUUACUGAACAGAAUCAAUGGAAGUUACUGAAACACACCGACAUCAACCACCGCAUGUCUGCUCUUAUUACUACAAACAAACUCUAGUGAGAUUGGAUUAUCACGCUGGUAAUGGUCUGUCUGCUCGGCCAAUAAUCUGGUUUCAUCUGUGUGCCGCGGUCUUACAGAUGAUCGCCUACGUCCGAGAGGAAAUCACGAAGAACAACAUCUCUGAGCAGACCAUGAUUGGACUAAUUUGGUCCAGCAUUAUGAGCUCAGUGGAGUGGAACAAGAAAGAGGAGCUGGUCACAGAACAAGCCAUCAAACAUUUAAAGGUAACUCCUCUCUUAUAGGAAUCCUCUGAUCCUCGACUUUGCGGCAGUCUUGAACACACACCCAGAAACAAGAGAUUCAAAGAAACCUCCGAGUUUCCCUCUGAAAUUGUGCCGUAGGGACGUUUUAAAAUCCAGGCGGCUCAAGGCUUUGAACUUAAAAGUGAAGAUAAUUGAUUUUCUAACCUGAAGCCAGUCUACCGGCAGACUGGAAGUAAUCAGAGAAAUAUACGGAGUGUUUUCCUCUUCUCUGUGAGGUCCAGAAACCUCCCACACACCCUCGAGUGAAUCUUACUGAUUUCUGUACAACUCUUAUUAUCCCUUUUCUACAUCCUCAGCAAUACAGCCCACUGUUGAAGGCGUUUACCUCCCAGGGCCUCUCUGAGCUGACUCUGCUGCUCAAGAUCCAGGAGUACUGUUACGAUAACAUCCACUUCAUGAAGGCCUUCCAGAAAAUCGUUGUACUGCUCUACAAAGGUGAGCCUGUUUGUCUAUAAUCAAUCAAUCCAUCAAAUUGAUUUAUAAAGCCAAAACAGUGUCUAAUCUUUCACCGUUAGAAAAGCCAACUUCAGGGCGUCCGUGUGUGACUGAGAACAGACUGCUGGCGUUGGCUAAAGUUAGUCGGAGCUGACGUUGGCGUGCAGCUGCCUCUGGUGUUGUUUUCUGUUUCUGUUUUUUUCAAACACCUGCAGACAUGGCAGGAUGUCAAACAGAAUAAUUUAUACGUUUCUUCUCUCUCUUUCUCUGUCUCGUUUUCUAAGCGGAUGUUUUGAGUGAGGAGGCGAUUCUGAAGUGGUACAACGAAGCCCACCUCGCCAAAGGAAAGAGCGUGUUCCUCGAACAGAUGAAAAAGUUUGUUGAAUGGCUGAAGAACGCAGAGGAAGGUAGGCACCCUCUUUUCCUGACUUCAUCCGUCGGUUAUCUCAGUGGUUUUUGGGAACGCUGUUUUGCAGUCGUGGUUCUGGUGUGUCUGAUUUCCUCUGAUGUCGGAGCAGAAACGCUGACUGAGCUUUUCUUUCUUCCAGAGUCUGAGUCUGAGGAGGAAGAGGCAGACUGAGGACCUUUAGCUAGAACUACCAUCUUGAUUUGUAUUUGACGUUACCAUAGCAUCUCCGAGGUCUGUCUUUGUCUCUGUUUUUCCUUUUCUACUCCCUACCUCCUCAUCUCUGGUUAGACUGUAAGGGCUCAAAAAUUCUCCAUAUUUCUGACUUGUUUUCUUUCUCCAUCAAUGCUUGUACUCUUCUUUAAACCCCUCUGGGGCUGGUCACAGUGCCACAUUUAGCUGAGUAGAUCAUCAGCCCUUUUGGGUAAUAAAAGGGACUAUUUUGGACGGAUGGUUCCCUUUUAAAAUUAGCCUGUUUGGAGGCAUAUUUCACAGCUAUUAUAUUUAGUCAUGGAGCUCUUAUUUCCCAGAGGCCCAUCUGUGUAACCAUGAUAUCUUUCUCCUCUGAAAGGCAAACUGUUUUGUAACUUCAUUCCAGAUUCUGCCAAUCAUGUCACAGACUUUUCAUUUUUGCCGGUUUUGAGGUUCUGUCUCUAUAAUCGGUGAAACAAACGUGCCAUUUCUCAAACAGCAGUGGUGAUAGUCGCAUCGGCCCAGAACUCUUUCUACAUCCUCUGUAACAGGGCAGUUCUACCAUUGUACCGUUUUUCCUUUACCAUCCAGUUUGACUUUUUAAAACACAUGAAAAUAAAUGGUUUUCAUUACGACUGACUGCAGUAACUGCCACUCUUUGUCACUUCAACACUUCUGACAGUAUGAGCAUCGUCAGGUGACCUGUCCUGAACGGUAACAGGAAGACGUUUCCGUUUGAUAUGCAGAGCUGAUCAUAUGUAGAAGUUGGAGUAGAAAUUGGGAUUACUCCAUCAUCAGUUUUGUUAGAGAUCAACUUGUUCCAUCCAAAUUUCUAUUGGUUAAACUCUUCAGGCCUCACCUAAUCGAGUAAUCAAGAAAGGCAGCGUGGCAUGCGUGACCUGAGGUGCAAACAACCAUCUCAUUCACCUCGCUGCUAUCCCACUUUAAAUGGUAAUUAUGGCUCAGUCAGGCAUGCAGAAAUGAGAGCGGGACGGUGAUUCAGGAUGUUAUGAAAACGGAGGUCCGUGCACAUUCAUUACUACCAGACAUUUGACAAAGUCUAAAGAGCAGGCCGCUUGUAUGAACACUAUACUGUGGAACACGUUCAGAAUCUUUAGUGCGUAUUUAACCUCCGGAUGUCUGGAGGGUGAGACCGUCAGAAACUUCAUUUUCCCCACAGACCAAAAUGUCUGUUUUUUACUGUUGGAAUCAGUCAGACUGGGAGUGAACUGAGUGAAGAAACUUCUCUGUUCAUAGAGGAAGGAGUUCCUCCUGCGUGUUUGACCCUUUAGUGUUAGUGACACUGAUUCACUUUGGUGUCAGUUUCCUAAAAUAAAAACUGAAUAUCAGAAUAAAAA